CUUGCUGAAGGAGGCCUCCCUGGUUGCCACUAUCUAGUGUCAGGCUUGGGGCUCCUCAGACACUUGAGAUCAUGAGGGAUGGAUGGACAUAGGUCUGGAGAGGAGCCCCCACACACACCUGCAGACCCCUUCCGGGUCCAGAUGUGUCCCUUCUCUACUCUUGUGAUGACCUUCUUCUCUCCUGCAGGAAGUAAUGGGGGAGAGACCUCUCCAGAUGAACUUGUCCACCCACGGCCGAGGCUGGCCCAGGAAGCUUUGCCGACCGAGGCUGGCCCAGGACCUUCCAGGUGGGAUCGUGCUGUCACCAGGCUCAUGGCACUGCAGCAGGAGCAGCUGGAGGAGCUGAGAUGGACCAUCGAGAAGUUAGCAGAAGCCACCAGCAGAAGGGACGCUUUGGUGAUGGAUCGAAACAUCUUUUCUCCUCCCAUGGAGGCCCCAGACCCCAACGCCUUCUCAAUGAAAUCCAUGCUGCAGAGGGAGUUUUCAGAGACUGCCCGAGAAGUGAACAAGAGUGAAGUCAAGAAGCAGUUCUGGACCACCUUGGGAAAUUUUCCAGUCCAGGAGAAAGUGGAGUCACAGCUGGAAGGCCCAGGACUCUCUCCACAGAGCUGGUUAGAAGAACCUGGUCUUCAACAAAGGACAAAUGCCAGAGGAGAAGACCUCAGGCUCCAAGAUUCUGUACAGAUGGAUGCUAAUGUAUUUCAGGCUGAGAGACAACCAGAGCAGAAGUCAUGUUGGCUUCAGGGACCGUCAACAUCACAUCAAGUUCUCAAGGGUUUCCAGGAAGAGCCAAAUGUUCAAGAGGUGAAGGAUUUGCAGUCUACUGGUGCCCAGGAAAAGAAACAUCUGGAAACCCUAUCUAGGAAGGGAGAAGGUAACCAGAAGCUGGUUAGUCCUGGACAUCUUGAAUUCUCCCCAAAGCAAAAUGAACACCAGAGCGAUCCAGAAGUUCUCAGUCUCCCAAAGGAAGUAUCUCAUGAACCUCAAAAAAUUCCAGAGCUCUCAGACAAGAAGGAAUGUGAAGCUACCAGUAAAGGAGAAAUUGAUGGUCUUCAGACCACAUCUAAGCAACAGGAGAUUCUCGAUUGCACAGGAUCUUUGUGGAAGAAAGAAAAGAUUUCUCAACCUUGGAAACCAUGUGGACACCAAGGAGUGAAUGAUCUAGAGAUCUCCCAGGCUUUACUAACUCCUGACAUGGACCAGACUCUUCCUGAGAAAAGGGAAUGUAAUAUUCAGGAAGGAAGUUCUCAAGAAGGUCCAUUCCAUGGACUGAAUGUAAACAACUUGCAUCCUCAGAGAGAGAUACUAAAGAGAUCAAAGUCUUUGGGGUGCUUAGAAGUAAUACAGAAGAAUCUGUUCUUCCAAGCAUCAAGAGACUCGGAAAGAUCCCUCCAACUAUUAUCAGAGAAGCCGCAGAGAGCUCCUUCCCCCAAAACACAGAUGGAAAAUGUACAUUCUCAACAAAGUAGCCUCCAGAAUGUUCUACAGAGUAAAACAGACGUUAUUCAAACAGAUACUAAGAUGAAAGUGAUAACCUCGAAACCUCACGUUUCUCUUCAAGGGAAGCAAGAACCUCAAAAAGAGAUGGACUCACAAGAUGGCCGGGAUGAAAAAACUUUCCACACCCAAGGCACGCAAAUGCCUCCGCUCCAGGACUGGGAGGAACUUGACCCGAUCAGCAAUCUCCAUGGAGGAUCACCAACUCUUCAUAUUGGAGAAAUGAAGAGAUCUUCUGAAGAUGUGUGUCAUCAGGAACAGAAGGUCCUGCUAGAAUUCAGUCAUUGUCAGGGGUCUCCUCUCAAAAAAUCAAACUCGCCUGAACCUCAAGAGCUAUUGCAGACGAGGGCCAAUGAAUCUAAGAGUUCAUUAGAGAUUUCACUAGAUAAUAGAUAUCCUCAAGACCCUCAACAUCAGGAAUGGGAAAAGAUGAAAACUCAGGACAUCUCAGAAAGAGAAGUUUUGAAGUUACCCGAUUCGGUAGAGGUUCUCCAGCACCCAAGCAUUCCAAAAUGUCAAGAAGAAGUUCUUCAGAUACCAGGACCAUUGUCCAGAAUGUCCGAGACAUCUACGGUGGAAGAGAAGUUGGAUUUUCAGAAGCAAGAAGUUCCAUCAAAGGAGGUACGAUUGUCCCGCCCUCAAGCACAAAAUCAGAUGGACACAGACCCUGUACUUGCUCAGAAGCUUCAGACAGGUCUGAGCAGAUCAGAGUUCCAAAUUGGUUUGGCAAGGAACACAAAGUCUCUACAGUUGGAAGAGAGCUCAAGAGUGCAAGAUGUGGGUCAAUCGGAAGAGCUUCAUAGCUCAGGAGCGACAGAAGGAAUCGGUAGAGAAAUUCUCCGGUCCCAGAAAGCUCAACUGGAAUGGCCAGUUCUUACCUUGAGAGAAUCCCUGGCACUUCAGCCCCAGAAGUUGGCUUCAGAAAGGCAAGAAGGCCUUUCCGUGUCCCAGGAUUUCAGAAGUUCGGAAAGUCCACCUCUUCUGUGGAGCGUCUUGUGGCAGAAGGCAAAGUCGUUUGAACAAGCGAAGCCAUGUCUUCUUCUAGGCCCCCAGCUAGGACAAGCUGCAAUCCAGAGAACGACUACGAAGGAACUGCCCAUCCUUCGACUCCCCCAGGAAAUGAAGGCAGUGUUGCUGGUUCAACGGGAGGAAGGAUCGCUGGUGGAAAUGGAGCACCAGAAACUCCAGAAGUCCAACAUCCUUUCUCUCCAGGAUGUGAAUUACCAGGAAGUGAUGCUGCAGACCCAAACAGAAAAAGUUGUCCUAGUAGAGAAAUGCACACAAACUGAUUCUCAGGAGUUUCAGCAUCGGGGAGAGACAACAUCAGAGGUUCUUCUGGAAAUGACAGUAGGACAAGUAAACCUUGGCGAGAUACGUCCAGGAGAAACAGGGGAACUGGAGACUCCUUCAUCCCAUGAAGCUCCACAGAGCAGACUACAAAAACUUCAGGGAGAAAAGAUUUCACAGAGGGAGUUAGAAUUGCUGAAGCAUUCAGGAUCCUUCCUACAGGAAGACCUGACUGGCACACAGCCCCCCACCAAAGAAAGUCUGGGAGAAGUCCAGAUUCAAGAAGAGGUGUUGCAAAAAGAGAGAUUUGUCCCUCAACACCAGGAACACAGAAGUCUAGACUCUCCUCCUCUUCUGUGGGGAGUUGUGGGUCUGAAGUCAAAAUCUUUUGAGUUGAGGACAUCAUGUGACAGAGAAGCUCAGGAGCUGAAGGAAUCACCAGGGUGGAGAAGAUCCAAUGUGGAACGGGAAUCUUCUACACAACAAACAUGUAGAGAUCUAGAUGUCAUUCCUCCUCAGGACCUCCAAGAAGUUGGGUCUCCUUCAGUUGAAUCCAAGAGGGGAACCUUUCAGACUGGGAGAAUCCUGCCCAGAUAUUCUCAAUUGUCACAGUCCCCCCAAAUAAACAAUUCAGAAAUUCCUCAAUCUCAAGAAGCUGGGCCCAGGACGAUCGUCUCUCCUUUCCUGAGUGAUAGAGAAGCAUUAAUGGACCAAGAAAUAAGAGAGAUGGGAUCAUCUCAAACCUGGAUAACUUCGCAAGAAAAGCCAGACUCUUCUGAAACGCUGAAACAAGUUGUGGAACUGAUAAAGAAUCCAGAACUGGCCACUCAAGAACUGGAAGAUCAACGCAACUCUUUGCCUUCCAAAACAAAGUCUCUGGAAACACUUCUUCAUCCUGAGAAAAGUAGAAGCUUUGAACCUUCCCCUGUGUUGGGAAGGGCCUCAGAAAUAAAGGCAAAAUCGCUUGAGCUGCUCAAGUCACAGGCUUUACGCAUGAGCUGCUCAGAGGCCACCCCAUCAAGAUCUCAGCAGGAUCUCCAGGCUUGUCACGUAGAGGAGGGGUCACAAUUAGAGAUGGUCCCACCAUCAGAAAGGCUACAAAUGGAACAAGAAUUCCAAGAAAUCCAAAAUUAUGGAAUUCCACAGGUGUAUCUCCCAAGGGAUCUAGGGGAGCAGGCGAUCACUCAAAUCCAGGUGGGAAAGUCUGUUUAUACCCAGAUUCUGGAUUCCAUUCCAAUGCCGCAUCUGCUGGGGGAGUCAAAGGAAGUUCAGACGCUGGAGCUUCAAGAGCUCAGAAAUCUAGAACCUCCACAAGCCCAGAGUGACAAAAUUCUAGAAGAACUGGAGAAACCAGAAAACGUGAGACCACAUGGAAAGAACAUCGGUGCCUUAACAUCUCAGCCUGGUCCAGAAGGAAAAGCAGAGUGCCUUCAGCAUGCAAAACGUAGUAGCCCAGAGACACCGCCUCUUCUGUGGUGGGUUUUGGAGUUAGCUCAUCACAGAAUAUUACAUAAUGUUUCUCCUCAACCUCAGGAGUCCAGUUCUUACGUACCAGGGAUGCAAAGACAAGAAGGGCCACAGACAGAGUCAGAGGCACAACACCCAAGGAAUCAAACUGUGCCUUUGGCUAAGAAACUGCAGAAACUAGAGGCUCCUCAACCACAGAAGGCGUUCUUCCAAGUCGAAGGAAGUAGGAAAACAGAUGGCCAUCUUCAGUCCCAGGAAUGCAUAGAUCCAGAACCUUCCCAGCCUCAUGAAAUUGUCCCUCAAGUAGAGUCCAUUAGUCCUGCACUUUCUGUCUCAGAUGCAUUUCAGUUUCUGACUCAGGAGAAAGCAAAAUCAAGUCAAGGUCCCGAAAGAAGUCCUCAGGACUUUGAGGUCCAUCUGCUGAAGGAGAGGGAGCUUGUCACACUUGAGGAAUCUUCAAAAGGAGAUGUUCAUGGUAGAGAAGGAUCCCCAGUGAUGCAAAAGCAUCUUAUUCCCAGGAAGCCCAAGGAUUUGGAGUGCCUGGUACAAGAAGAUCGGUCCAAGCUAGGUGAUUCAUGCAAAGGGAUUCACUCACAUGUCCAUCAAGCUCCGAUUACCCUUGGGAACCUGGACUCCCUAGACCCCUCAUCCCCAUCCGUACAACUCCAGAGGUUGAAAACAGAUGCAGAACAUUGUGGCCUUCUGAAUGGAUCCCAGGUUCUUCACUCAAAGGAACCAGCAAAUGGUGAGACAUUGAAAGGAGUCAAGCAGGAGGACUCUCCCAUUCUUGAAGCUUCUGAGGAGCACAGCAAGAUCAAAGUUGUCCUGUCCUUAGAAAAACCACUGGAGAAAUCAAAGUCUUUUGACUUGGGCGAGCUUCAAAUUUUGAAGAUUCAAGAACCCCCAAAGAAAGAAUCUUUUCAAAGUCCAACAACCGAAGUCUUGAAGGUUCAGGAAGACCUCCCAGAGAAACACCAGAAAGAGAUAGAUUCCCUAACCAUUUCAUCUCAAGAAAAGAGUCAACAAGUCACCCCACAACUACUACAAUCUUAUGAAUCAGCUUCUGAGAGUCCUUCCCUCCAGAGUUCAUCGACGCAAACAUUAGAACUUCCUGAGAUGGACCCAUAUUCCUUGCAGGCCCAGGAACUCGGAGAAACACUUAUGCUUCAGCCCCAGAGGUCCAAACUCCAAAAGACCAUGAACUCCAAGACACUUUGCCUCCAAGGACACCAUGAAGCAGAGAACUGUGAACUUGGGGUAGAAGAUAGUCACCUUGAAAUGCGAGGAAUCCUCCAAAGAUCGCCUCAGUCUUUCCUUAUCCAAGAUAUCUUUUACCCUCUGGCAGAUAUGUUCAGGAAAUCGAAAUCUUUAGAACUGCCCAAAGCAAACGUUGUCCUCCUUCAGGGGUUGAGAAGACCAGACAUUGCCCAAUCUCAAGAAAAUGUGAAGGAAUGUCCUCAAAUCCUUGACAGCCAAACAUCGUCACAGGGGAUGAAUACGUCUUUGCAGGAGAAAGAGGGCAGAUGUUCUACACAAAAGGAACUGAAGGAGUCACAAUCUCAGGAAAAACUUGGCCAAAAUAAGCCAGCGACCAUAAAUCCUGAGGAUGAUCAGGUCCAGCAGCUCCAAAGAAAGGAAGGAACGGAAGUUCUUCAUUCCCCAGGAAUUCCACAGAGGAUGGAGCCUAUUUCUCUGCAGAUGCAAGGGAAUCUACAAAACAACCCAGAGUAUUUUGGAUGCAGAGGUUUAAGCCAUCCAGAUGUUCUUCAAACUGACAAACACUCAGUGAUAUCAGAAACUAUUGAACUUGAAAAACAAGUGGAAUCCAUAACUCAAGUGUCCUUAAUGUCUACAGAGAAAGGAGCUCUGUCAGUCUGGUGGACCCUGGGAAAAUCAAAGUCUCUUGACCUUAGAGAACUCCAAGCCUGCUCUUCACAGUCACUCCUGGGAGAGUUGGAUUGUUCUAACCCCCGGGAGAUGCCUUCAGCCAAUCUGUCUCAACCACAAAGAGAUCUCCAGGAUGAACAAUGGAAAUGUAGGACUCCGUUGGAUUACUCCAAAACUCAACCACUUGAGGACCUUAUUUCAAAAGAUAAGAUUGUCCAACAGGAAGAAAAUCCUUGUGCCAGCCAGAAAACCGAGCACGUGGAGUUGGAAACUCAAAACUCCGAAGAGCUACUGAAGCUUGAGACAGAAAUCAUGACUUUCCAGAAAAUGGAGGAUAUCCAGAUGUUCUGCUCUAAGAAAUACAGAGAAUUGGAAGCUCCUCAACUUCAGGUUAUUAUUUCCCAGAGUUUGAAGGAGCCUCUUUGUACCGAUCAGCAUGUGCAGACAGAAUCCAGAUCUCCAGGACUAAGAAAUUUACAAAGUCCUCCUCUUCUGAGGAACCUGCUGAGGAAGUCCAAGACAUUUGGAUAUGAGGAACAAAUAAGUAGACUUGCUCCUCAGAUCCAGGAUGUUCAAAAGGAAGAGGACAGCUUGCAUGUAGAGAGGAGAUCUGAGGAAUCAACGCCACAAAAAAUCCAGGAGAUGAGUAAGCCUGAGAUUCUUCAACAUCAGGAGAUAGAAAAUGUUGAAAGCAUUGGGGAAUCUACAGGACAGCCCAACUGCCCAAGGGAGACUCAGAAAAUGGAGAUGGACUCCACAAAAUCCCAGAUCUCUCUACAAACAAACCAGGAACCUCUUCAGGAACAAAGAGAUGCGCUCAACAUAGUUCCACAGGACAAUAUACCCAAGAUUGUUCCGCCUUGUGACAUUCCACAGUUUGGUAUUAAAUUUCUUCAGGAAUUAGGGAGAUUGCAUAAUGAAUUAAAUACCCUCAGACCACCACAGGAACUGAAAGAUGGCAAGGCCAUUUGUCCCCAUGCUGCUAAAGGUUCCAGUCAAUCACAGCAGCAAAUACUAGCUGAACCCCAAAUAAAUAUAGGUUCUCAAGUUCUCGAGCAUCAGAAAUGGAGUGCAGCAACAUCUCCGCAGCCGCCACCACCGGGAGACUUCUCGGAAGCUUCUAAGAUGCAACAGCAGUCUCUUCAGUCUCCCCAAAGCCAAGGACUUGACCAGAUACUGGGAGUAAAAAGGGAGUCAGCAAGAAACAUGGAGUCACCAAUGCAGAAGGCACCAUCGAUGGUCCAACGGCAAGAAGACUUGUCAACAAAAUCAGUUGUGGUGCCAGUGGCGACAGAUCCUCCUUUUCUUCAGUCUCUGGAAAAAAGGGAAGCGAAGACUUUGGACCUUCAGGAGUCCCUUAAUCUUGAAGGGAAAGUGAGAGAGAAACAACCAAUGGUUACAGAGCCUCAAGAGGACCACCUCUCAAAUAAGCAAGAACCCGUAAUGACAAAAUCCAAAUCUCUUGACCCUCAAUCAUUAUCAAGGACUCCGGCGUUCCAGCAUGAGAGAGCAAAAACAGUGGAAGGUCUACCUUCCUUGGAUAAAGAGAGGGCCACUGAACAUAGACCUAUUUCCCGAGGACCAUUAAACAUCCAAGCAGAAGCCACUUCUUCCCAGAGCCAGGAAUUUCCCACAAAACAGGAAAAAUUACCUCAGGAUCAGAAGGCAGAAAUGACCCAGCAAGUAGACCAACAUUUUCAUGAGCAGCAUGGGAUGUUGAAGCUCCAAGAAGGAAGGAACCUAAAAUCAUGGAAGGACCAAGAACUGGGGCCUCUUCAGCUUCAAGGGAUGGAGGAGAACCAACUUUUUCAGGAAUGGAGGGAGGCAGGAACUUUGCCGGCUGAAGGAACUCAACCAAGGCAACUCUUGACUUGUGAGAAGGGCCUGCUGAACUUGGCAGGCCUUGAGCGUGAAGAUGAGAACAAAAGACUGGAAGGACUCUGGGAGCAGAAGACCACAGAGACCAGAGCUAUGACUUUGCUCUCUCCCUCCAGCUCUGGAAAGUCCAUCGAGAUGAUGUGGGAGCCUAGCUCGUUCAACAUGGGCAUUUCCAGAGAGACCUCUUUCGACGUGGCCCAUCCUCCUUCACCAUCUUGGCUCCUGCCCCCCCCUCGCCCCCCCAGCCGGGAGAAGGCCUUCAUCUGGCUGACCCCCCAGGCAAGAAGCGAGGCACUGCAGCGGCUGGCAGAAGCGAGGGCCAAGGGCGAGCGCCGGCACCAGCGGGAUAAGGAGAGGCAGACCCUGCGGUUCCAGGAACGGCUCUCCAUAGCCAAACGUCGCAGGUCCAAGGAGGAUCUCCUGGGAGAUGGUCCAGCAGACCGAGGGCCCUGGGCAUCGCCAACCUCCGAAGGCCAGGAUGAAGCCGGGCAGAAAAUGGCUGUGAGGUCCCACCUGGAGAAGGUCAAGCGAGAACGGACCUACAUCAUGCAGUCCAAGAGAGAGAGGAACACCCUGAAGUUCAAGGAGCUACUGGACCCACUGGUGGCCCCCAGGGAGGAGAAGCUUACGCUGAGGCAGGCAGAGGAGCUUCAGCAGAGGGCAAACUUCGGUCCUUUAGGAUCGCCUGAAGAUCAAGUGAAGAUGGAGGCUCUGUCUCACAUCUCCCACAGGAUUCCCAAAGAAUAA